AUGGAUGACGAAAUACUUCAAAGCAUAACACAACAGUACUCAAACUACUUGUCAUUCUCAAACAGUACAAAUGAACAGGCUGCUAAUGUUGACAGCACUAUCGAGUAUAUGCUAGCUCGUAUUGAUGAGUUUGGUGCUUUCAUCGAUACUAUAAAGACAGAUACAGACAAGACUGAAAAGACAUUGAUACCACAACUAUUGUAUAGAUCACAACAGGCUCAACAAUUGUUCCCAUUGAUCGAUAGACUGCAUAUACUAUGUCAGGAUAUCACUGUUAGUUUGAAUCAGAUGGAUGAGAGAUUGAACCAGGCUGAGAAGCAUCUGUCCAAUCAAGUUGGUUCAACAAGCAAUCCAUUGAAAUGGGUGCUUUCAAACUUGCAAAAGGAUGACGAUAUCCUUCAACAGUUAAAGGCUACCAAGCCAGCACCACCUCCAACAUUCGAACCAAUCAAGAUUCACAACACUACAGAGUUCUUCAAGCAAUUGAGAGGUGAGAUGCAAAAGGUGGCCAACGAGAAUCCAUACCAACUACCGACCAAUGAAUGA